UCAACAAAGGUCGCACACCAACAUACUACUUGUUUCACCGCCCCGACGACGUCACCGCGUCCGAUUUCUUCGGCGUGGCCAGGCUCAAGGAGGCCAUGGCCAAAGCCCUGGUGGCCUUCUACCCCCCUCGCUGGCCGCCUCGGCGUCGAUGGCAGCGGCAGGGUAGAAAUCGACUGCAACGGUGAGGGCGCGCUCUUUGUCAUCGCUCGCUCCGAUGUCGCUCUUGACGAGAUCAAAGACUUGAAGCCGUCGGCGGAGCUAAGGAGCCUGCUCGUUCCUCGCAUCGAGCCGCCGUCUGUCAUAUUGGCCGUGCAGGUGACAUUCUUCAAGUGUGGAGGGGUGGCGCUAGGGACGGCCCUCCACCACGUCUCCAUCGACGCCAUGAGCGCGUUCCACUUCUUCCAGACAUGGUCGGCCUUCUGCAGGGACGGCGACCGCGCUGCCGAGGAGGUGGAGCUCCCCUGCCACGACCGCACCCUCCUCCGCGCGUGGUCCCCCCCGCCCGCCGUCCAGCCGGACGCUCUCCUGAUGUUCUACCCCAAGCUCGCCUUCUCCGAGCCGUCGGGGCCCAUCGCCACCGAGGUCUUCGCCAUUUCCAGGGACCAGGUCGCCGCCCUCAAGCGCCUCUGUGGCGGCGGCGCGAGCACUUUCUGCGCCGUCAGCGCCCUCGUGUGGCAGUGCGCGUGCGUCGCGCGGCGGCUUCCGCUGGACUCCAAGUCGCGGCUCACCUUCCCGGCCAACGUCCGGCGCAGGGUGAAGCCGCCCCUCCCGGAGCGCUACUUCGGCAACGCGCUGGUCAGGGUGGGCGUCGCCGCCGCCGUGCGGGAUAUCGCCUCGGAGGCGCUGGGAUCCGUCGCCGGACGCGUCGGAGCAGCCAUCGCCCGGAUGGAUGGCGAUGAUGAGGUGGUGCAGUCCGCGAUCGACUACUACGAGACGGCGGAGCAGGAGCUGGACAGCCAGCCGGCGAAGGGCACCCUGCCGGAGACCGAACUUCAGAUUAUCAGCUGGCUCGGAAUGCCGGUGUACGACGCGGAUUUUGGGUGGGGAAAGCCGGGAGCGAUGUCUCGCGCGGACUCCAGCCGCGGUGGGCUUCUGCACCUCAUGAGCAACGGGCCAGCAGCUGAUGGCGGCGUCCGCGUGCUUACGUGCAUGGCGGCUGCAAAUAUCAAGGAGCUGGAGCGGUUGCUUUACGAAGCUCUAGCCAGAUGCUAGUUAGUGGCUUCAUGCGGUUAGUGGAAGGUUGGGAAUAAGGGUCGGAGACACCAUAUAAGUAGGCUAUUUGUGGCACGGCCUGGGUGGACUCAUCAUAUGAAUUGUUGUUUGUUGGAUGCUACUGUAGUAUUAAGCCAAAUUUCCAUAACCGUAUUUUCCAUCAAGCACUUUCGUAAUGUAUUCUAAUAAAAAAAUUGCUUGCCACACCUCCUCUACUCUCUAGUUGCCUGAUUUCUCUCAAAAUCUCAAUGGAAAGUGUGGCUAUUGUUGAGGUUUUUA